AAAGGGCGGGACUUUGCUAUUGUCGAGUACAAGGGCCCAGGUGUCGAAUCUCUCUCUUGCACUGGUAUGGCUACGAUUUGCAACAUGGGCGCUGAAAUCGGUGCAACCACAUCCAUGUUCCCCUUCAACCAUCGGAUGGUCGACUACCUCAAUGCUACUAAACGCGGGGAUAUUGCCAACUAUGCUAAGCAGUUCGCCCACAACCUGAAAGCCGAUGAGGGUGCGGAAUACGACCAGGUCAUCGAGAUUAACCUUUCGGAACUUGAGCCCCACAUCAACGGCCCCUUCACACCAGAUCUGGCUACACGCAUCUCCAAAUUCGCUGAGGAGGCCAAGAAGAACAACUGGCCUGAAGAGAUCAAGGUCAGCCUCAUUGGUUCCUGCACCAACUCGUCAUAUGAGGAUAUGCCACGUUCGGCAUCCAUUUUCACUAUCACACCAGGUUCUGAGCAGGUUCGCGCUACCAUUGCACGAGACGGACAACUAGAAGCCUUCGAAAGUGUCGGUGGACUUGUUCUCACCAACGCCUGCGGUCCUUGUAUCGGUCAAUGGGAUAGGCAAGACGUU